UCAAGUUUUCUCAAGUUUUCUCGUAAAUACACACACUUCACUCGUUCCCGUGAAUCUUCUCACCAGAGGUGGCCGAACGUGAGAGGAUACGACAAUCUACAUUCCUUGAUCCAGAACUUAGCUCCGUUCACCGAUUUGAUCACGAGGAUCUACCACCAGAUCUGGUUCAGGAAGCGAACGGCCAAUUCGCCAACAGUUCAAAUUUGGAAACUGACGGAGUCUGCAUUUGGUAUUUGAAUGGUUACUCGAAAUGAGGGGAGUAUGAGGAAGAAGAGUGUGAACGGAGGAGGAGACGCACCGGCGCAAACAAAUCCGGAUGAUCGGAGAUCUACUCUUCCGGAAGCUGAAGCGGCAGGGAAGAGAGCUGUAAUCAAGAGUGCUGAUAUGAAAGAGGACAUGCAGAAGGAAGCGUGCGCGCUACAUUCUUCUCCAUUGGUGUGGCCACUGCAAAGUGGACCUGCUUCAGCUGAGAUUAAGUCAGCUGAUGUUGCUGGUGAGGUUAUUGGGGAGAAGAACGUUGUUGCUGUUGGUGUGUUCCCUAAGUUAUCCGGCGAGGAGUUUGAUUCUUUCAUUUCGCACAAGAUUCAUGGUCCUACUUGGCACUGCAUCCUUGGCCUCAACUUUGGUUAGUCUUUUUUAAUCUUCUUCGCCAAGGCUUGGGAAUUUAUGCCAAGGUCCCUGCGACAACAUAACUAGUCCCCAAACCAACUUUUUACAUUCAAAUAAUAAACAAUUAAGAUAUUACACUUUCAAAUCAGUUAUGAAAAAGAUUAAAUUAAUCGUAGAUGUAAGACUGCAUUUUUUUCAAAUUAGUCUCGAUUCUAAUGCAAGUUUCUUUUUUUAAUAAAAAAAUCUAAUGCAAGUUUUUCUGAUAUUGUAGUAUCUUAGAUCACAGUACAUGUGGUUAGCAAUUUUGUUUUGUUUAUACUGCAUUUAAAAUUUGAAAAUAUAAUCGUGAACUCACUGAUAUGCCACAACUUAAUAUCUAUGUGUAUACUUGUAAAAGUUAGGAAAACAAUAUCCAAUUAUUAAAAAUCUGUCAAAAAUAACGAAGAUUAAAAAAGGUCACAAAUCCUAUUUUAGAUAAAAACUAAAAUAUGUUUAUACAUAUAUUUAAAUUUUAAUUAUUUUAAAAUAAUUUCAAAACCAAUAAUGCAGAAACUGAAACACGGUAAAAAAUCUUCAUAUGUAUGCUAAAUAUUUUCUUUACAAAAAUACUAAAAUUGUUUAAAAUUAUAAAAUAUUUUAUUUGUAAAAAAUUCUGGCACGUAGCGUCGGCACACCCCUAGUAAUGAAAUAUGUGUAGUAGAAAAAAAUCAAAACUUUAUGAUGAGAUUCACCCAUCAUUCAUCGGGCUAGGUUGCGUUUGAGUCUCAUCAGUUUCAUCUAUCCGAGUUGAGAAUUGAGAGUCAACUAGAUUUUCCUAUCUAAAAAGUCAAUUUUAAACAGAUAUAUGAGAGAAUAUAUCAAUAACCUACUUCCCUAGAUAUAUAUAAAAAAACUUAUAUUGUAAAUUAAAAAAAAAGGAUAAAGUCGCAUGUUGCAAUUCAGCGGAAAGAAUUAUAUUGGUGGUAUUCAUUCUACUAUGGAAUUUGAGCAUCAAAUCUUUACCUUUUUUUUAUCAACUUCAAUGUCAUAUUCUACCCUGCUUCUACUUGAUUCGCUGUACAGAAUUCUUUCCAUAUAUAAGGAUUUUUAAUGCGCUGGUACAUAUAUAAAUUAUUAUUUUUAACAAAUAAUUAUUUUCCAAUUCUUUUUUUCCUCUUUUGUUGCCUCUGCAUUCUCUUUUGUCAAUCUAAUUUUUUUUAACUCCAUCUAUUUUUGUCUUUCCAUUCUUAUCCACCAAAAUUACCGACUUCUUACAAAUGAGGUUAUUCGCUUCUAUGAAAUCUAUUGAUAUAUGCUGAACAAAACAUUUAUAGUUUAGAAACGUGAAUGCUUUCAUAAAAAACAGAGAUAGAAGCGCGAAAAUGUCACAUGUUUACCAUCCCUCAAGCUUGUCUUUGUAACAGAGAAAGUCAUAAAAUAGUUUUCUUUUACCUUUUUUAUUGUUGCCGAGUAGUUAGAGCGUAGCCGAGUCUUCGGUUGUAGUAACCUUAAAUCUACAUUUGAAUCCAACUUUAAGCAUUUUUCUUGAGCAAAAGUUUUUCCAACCAUGGUGUGUGGCACUCCCAUGUGACCCGCUUUCAUAUUUCUUUAAUUCUGCAAAAAAAAUUGUACCACCUUUGUUCAACAAUACUAUCGGUCUUUCUUCGUCCAAAUGGUUGUUGAACAUGACGUACUCCCUUCUCAAUUUCUGUAUCAAUCAACAUGCAUCGUCAGAGAUUUAUAAUUUCAAUUCUCGCACACAUGUAAAAUAACUUACUAAAAUAAAUAUACUAACCACUCUGUCUUGACUCAUAUUUGUUUAAAAUUGACUCUUUAGAUAGAACAAUUGAGUUGACUCUCAUUUCUCAGCUCGGCUGGAUGAAACUAAUAAGGCUCAAACACAACAUAGCCCGAUGAAGAUUUAAGGUUACUACAACCGAGGACUCGGCUACGCUCUAACUACUCGGGAUCAAUAAAAAAAAGUAGAAUAAAACAAUUUUAUGUUUUUCUCUGUUACAAAGGCAAGCUUUAGGGAUGGUAAAUAUGUGACAUUUCCACGCUUCUAUCUCUAUUUUUUAUGAAAGCAUUCACGUUUCUAAACUAUAAAUCUUUUGUUCAGCAUAUACCACCAAUAGGUUUCAUAGAAGCGAAUAACCUCAUUUGUGAGAAGUCGGUAAUUUUGGUGGAUAAGAAUAGAAAAGCAAAAAUAGAUGGAGAGUUAAAAAAGAUUGGAUUGACAAAAGAGAAUGGAGACAACAAAAGAGGGAAACAAGAAUUGGGAAGUAACUAUUUGUAAAAAAUAAUAAUUUCUAUGUGUACCAGCACAUUAAAAGUUUUCAUAUAUAGAAAGAAUUUUGUACAGUGAAUCAAGUAGAAGCAUGACAGAGUAUGACACUGGAAUUGAUAAAAAAAGGUAAAAAUUUGAUGUUUAAGUUCCAUAGUAGAACGAAUUCCACCAGUAUGGUUCCUACAGCUGAAUUGCGACAGAUGACUUUUUCUAUUUUUUUUUAAUUUAUAAGUUUCUCCUUAACUAAGAUAUAGGGAAGUGGGUUAUUGAUAUAGUCUCAUAUUUGUUUAAAAUUGACUCUUUAGAUAGAACAAUUGAGUUGACUCUCAUUUCUCAACUCGACUGGAUGAAACUAAUAAGACUCAAACACAACAUAGCCCGAUGAAUGCUGAAAACUAUUAUGAAUUUGUGGAUCCACCACAAAGUUACGUAAAAGGAUCAAUUGAUGAGGCUCAAACAGACCCUAGCCCGAUGGAUGUUGA